AAUGGCGCAAUGUUGGAGAGUCUCUCUUUUGGUCUCAAGUAAUGGGUGACGUCAUCGAGAUUUCUCUUUCUGACUCAACGGAUGAUUCUUCCGAUGAGCAGGAUGAGUCAGAGAAUGAAUUUACUGGUCAAUUUAAACUUGAAAAAGCCAAAGGAAAUAUUGAAUGCAACAACGACUCAUUCGAUGAGGAUACUGAGACAUGUCCUAUAUGUUUUGAAUUAUGGACCUCAUCAGGACCACACAAAGUCUGUUGUCUUCGCUGUGGACAUCUUUUCGGCUAUUCGUGCGUCAUGAAAUGGUUCAAGGCUGUUGGAAAGAAAGCUAAGUGCCCUCAGUGCAAUGCGAAAGCUAAUCGACGUGACGUUCGAGUACUUUACUGUAAAAACUUAAAGGUUUUGGAUACAACUGACCGAGACAGAGCCUUGGCUGAACUUGAGCGUGAAAAGCGAGGGCGACAGAAAGCAGAACAGGAAGCUGCGGAAUUUAAAGCAAGAUGCGAUCUUCUCCAUGCAGAGGUACUUCAACUUCGCGAUGAGCUUCAGACUACCACGGGACAUCACAAGGUUCAGUCAUCUCGUUUGCAAAAUACUAGUGAAGUUCCAAAUCAUAAAGCGUCAAGCUCAGAUGGUUCAACUGGUUUUGACGGUCAAUAUACAUUAGUGAACACUUUACUGAUCUCAGUCGGCGGAAAUUGUCGUGUUAUGGCAUCGUGUGACUACUUAAAUACCUUGUGUGUUUCACAGUCUUCAACUAACCCAAUAUUUCGAGGAUUCGGAAUACGUAAGGUGAAUAGUUCUGAACAAAGAUUAAUAAAAUAUGUACACUUGCAUACACAACCGAUUCGUGACUUGGCAUUUCAUCCAGAAGCUCAUGAUGGUAUUAUUGCAAGUGCAAGCUUAGAUAAAACUUUACGUCUUACUAGUUUAUUAAAUGAUUCGAUUGUUCAAACUUACCAUUGUCCAGUGGGAAUAUGGAGUUGUUGUUGGGCUGGAGAUUCGAAUCGUUUAUUCGCUGGCUGUGCAAAUGGUUCAAUAAUGUUAUAUGAUAUACGUGUGACUACCGGUCCAAUAGAUGUUUUCUAUGUACCAAAUAACGAUGCACCGGUUUUGGGAUUGCAGUAUUUAUCGCCUACCGUGGAUCAAAAUAUUUCCAGCUCUGGAGGUUUAUUGGUUGGCCAGUUGAAUAAAGUCACAUUUAUGUCUGAGAGUUCUGUAAAUCCUAUAGCUUUACAACAAACAACUAACCAAGAACGAAUAGAAUCUGCCGAUGACAUUGCUUCGAUUGAUAAUUCAGAAAAUCCUGCUUCACCUGAUGUUCUUCAAGAUAAUAGCACGUCUCGUUCAUCGAAUUGGCUAGGAAAUGUACCUUCUUAUAAACCCCAUAAUCUCCCUCUAGAAGGCAGUUUGGUUUCAUUAAGUGCACUUCCACAAGGACGUCAGUUUUUAGCUUCCUACAGACCAUCCCAACGACUACCUCGUGUAAGACAUUUGUUGGCGGAAUUACAAUCUGAAACUUCACCUAUAGCAGAAACGGCGUACUCCUGUAGAGAAAUACACAACUUUUGGGCAGGAAAUCGAAUGAAAAAGCUGACUCGUGCUAAACUAUUUGUUGGACCUUCAAAAGAAUCAGGUUUGUAACUAAGCUAUAUUUAGGUAGAAAUUCGUUCCGUUUAUUACAUGUUAAGCCAUUCUGAAACUGAUACUUAGUGUUAUGUCUUAACAGGAAUGGCUAGCGUAUUGGGACUUUCUGUUACGUCAUGUUAAAUGCUAUUUACGAACGAUCGGGGUUUCUUCUAAUACGGCCCUAAGAACGGGAACGUAAAUAGACCAGAUGUUUUCUGCACAAAAACGCUUUAAUUUUAAGCAUCUAUUCAAUAAAAGAGAAAACGGUACCUAUUGAAAAACUUUAUAUUCCUUACAGAAGUCAAAAAUUAAAAAGAAAAAGCUUUGUUUUUACGGUAACAUCCAGUAACCUAUAGACACAGAUCCAAGUUAGUCAGCCAAGAGCGAUAAUAACUAAUCAGAUAAUAGCAAAUGUCAUUGCGGAAAUAUGAAUUGAAGAAUCAUUAUCAAGGUUAUCGUUUAAAGAAAGAACUAGCAUUUAAUAAUAAAUAACUAAACAACCUGAUCUCUUAUUAGCAUAGCCAUCUAGUUUGCUAGUAUCGUUAGUGCAGUCUGUUGAACUUAAUUUAGUACAUAUUCAUUAAUGUCUUAAGUUAUCUGUCUAUUUGAGUUUCUGUUUUACAUACGAAUAAAUGCAGUUUAGCGGUAAAUAUAUUGUUGUAACCCUUAUAACUCCACUCUUCAUGAUCACUAGUUAUAUGAUUCACCUAAGUAUCAGAUCUCUUCUGUUAUAAAAGACAGCCUGUUAAAUUAAAGUAAUUGCAUUUUAGAUUUAAAUUGUGCAAAAACUUAUUGGUUGCAUUUGAGGUCACAGUUGUUUUCAAAUAGUUUUGAUCACUCCAUGUUACAUUCCGAAGUUUUUUACUACUUACAGAAAAUCAGAAAGCCCUAUAUCUGUUCUUGUUAUAUUUUAAUGCUCCAAAUAAUUUGUCGUAAAAUUUCUUUUCAUCCACCUUAUGGACGUCAAUAAAUAAUUGGUUAGCUACACAUUAGUUCAUGCAAACAAGAGAAGGAAGAAUUAUAACGCCUCAUGAUGAAAGCCGAAAUUCUUCGAGAGUCACAAUGCCGAUGCCCCUUCUAACAACAAGAGCAACAAUUUUUAUAGGUACAUGGAACGUCCGGACGAUGUAGGAGAUCAGGAGGACCAGUCAAAUAGCAACGGAAAUAAGGAGAUACAAAUUGGUAAUACUCGGAAGAGAGAUGCUGCUGUACUCUGGUCACGAGGAGUAAAAUGCCACCACACACUCAGGGAGUUGCUCUGAUGCUGUUUAAAGCACAUAAUGCACUGAUAGGAUGGGAAUCUCACAGAUACGGGAUCAUCAACGCAUACUUCAAAACAAAUAAUAAUGAACGUUAUACAGUGUUAUGCACCCAACAAUCAUAGCAACGACGAUAAUAAAGAUCAGUUCUAUGAGAGGGUGCAAUCAAUCAUAGCGAUGUGCCCAAGAAAGGACCUCACCAUCCUUAUGGGAGACCUAAACGCCGAAGUCGGAAUAGACAACACAGGAUAUGAAGAUAUCAUGGGACAAUAUGGGCUAACUGGAGAAAAAGAACGAGAAUGGUAACACAUUUGAAAAUUUACGCGCAUCCAAUAAAAUUAUUAUAGAUGGAAUAAUAUUCCCUCACAAACGCAUACUCAAAGCUACUUGGGUCUCACUGGAUCACACUACAUAGAAACAGAUCGAUCAUAUUUGCAUCACUAAAAAAUUCACAAGGUUAAUGGAAGAUUUACUACUAACAAACUUAACGAAUUCAAGAUAACUCUCGACAGCAGAUUCCAAACCUUACAGGACCUACUGAAGAAAAAAAGAGCUACGAUGGAGCAUAACUGGAAAGGGAUCAAAAAAGUACUGACUUCAACGUGUCAGGAGGUGCUGGGUCGCAAGAAGCAUAAUCGUUAGAAAUGGAUUUCUAUCAAAAUCCCAGACAAGAUUCAAGAAAGGAAGAACAAGAAGACAGCAAUUGACAACAGUCGAACAAGAGCAGAGAAAGUCAAGGCACAAGCUGAAUACAUAGAAGCAAACAAGAGAAUGAAGAGAAGCAUUAAAGCAAACAAGCAGAAACACGUGGAAGAGAUAACAACGACAGCGGAUAAAGCUGAAAGAGAAGAGAAUAUGAAACAACUAUAUGACACGAUGAGGAAUCUGAAAGGGAAAUAUAGUAAACCAGACAGACCAGUCAAGGACCAAGAAGGCAGGACAAUCACCUAGAUUCAAGAAUAGGGGAACCGAUGGGUAGAAUACUUCGAAGAGCUCUUGAAUAGACCAGCUCCGUUCAAACCACCGGACAUCGAAGCAACACAUAGAUCUUCCUACAAAUGUCACUCCAUCAACGAUGGGAGAAAUCAGCAUAACCAUCAAACAAAUCAACAUUGGGAAAACAGCAGGACCUGACAAUAUAUCAGCUGAAACCAGACAACCAACCGCAAGUAUACUCCACGUCCUAUUCAGGAAGAUUUGGGAGGAACAACAGGUGCUACUGACGGACUGAAAAGAAGGGCACCUCAUCAACAUUUCUAUAAAUCUUUCUUACUCAUUGCUAUCACCAAAUAAUAAUUUUUAUGGAGUUCUCAAUUUUAUAUUUAUUUUCAGAAUUGGGAUUGGUGGAGAUGGCACUAAUUUUAAUUGCUGAAUUCAUGAGUUAUUCUAAGGCUAACCACUACUGAAAACCUGGAAGCGUUGAACGGCCAUUUCGUUUUAGUGUGGGACUCUUCAGCAGUGCGCACCCACGAUCCCGCAUGCGGGACUAAAAUACAGGACUUUCGGUCUCGCCCGCUAAUGCUUAACCCUUAAACCACUAAGCCGGCAUUCAACAUUGUUAAUUUCUAACUUCAAUCGAUCGCUGAUCUUGCACAACCCUUCAUCCAUUGUCUUCGAAGGGUAACUGUCACACUCGGCACGGAUUGGACUCCACUGAUCUAGCUUAGGUCAACUCAUGAAUUCGACUGUCAAAAUUAUGUUUAUUUUACACUUUUAACUUUUAUAACCUGUGAUAACUUUGGGUUUUAGGACUUAUCGCUGUGACUGGCAAUGAAGAUGUCAAUGGUGCUUUGAUAUGGAGGUGCUCUGAUGGCGCACAAAUGCAAGUUUUACAACCUCCUGAAACCACUGCUGAUAAUCCUAUCUUGGAUGUAUGUCCAAUCUUUUUCUCAUCGACUCAAAGUCAUUAUUUAACAUUACUUACUGACCGAAUGCUUCAUUUUUACAUGUGGCGUACCUAAAAUUCCUACUGAAAUUUUCUCAAGUGUAAAUAUGUACAUACUGCAACCUAGAUCAUUCUGACUAUUAUUUUUUUUACCUAAAACAAUAAAUUUGAAACAUAGUUUCACAGAUCACUGUUGGCAUCUUCAGUUUCGAGACUAAAGAAAAAUUUUUGGGUCUUCCUAUCAUAUUCUUCAAUAGGUAACCGACAUUCAAACUGCCUACUAUCGACACUAUCGAAAACCUUAUUCCGAAAUUUGAUGAAAAGAACACAAAGCUCUUCUGAAUAUUUAAAUAAUUUAGCUGCAGCAUUAAUAAUGGUACCUUGUUAACACGACCUGUUAAUCAUAACAUAACUCAUUCGUCGUACUAAGUUCCCGUUUUGAAUUCGGUUGCAGAUAUCGUCUGAAAAAAACGAUAGAAUAAUGACAUUCUUAUUUCGAAACUGCAUAGAUUCAUUCUAUUAGUCUCUGAAAGACGCUUCAUAGGCGAAUAUUGAUUAAAUAAACGGUUGGCCUACUCCAUUAAAAGCGGAAAUCCACUAUUGCCAAUAUAUUUGUUCUGAGAGGACAUAGAGCUACCAACAAUGAUUAGCGUUCCUCAAAGCCGUUUACAAGCAAAAUGCUGAUUAACCAUAGUUGACCUGAAAGUUGCAUCAGUCUAGACUUAGUUAACAACUGAUAGCCAUCAAUAUCCGUUAUCAUCCGAAAGUCACAUUUAAGAGUUGCUUAGUACCUAGGCGUAAUAAUCACGUUAAAUAUCUAGUUGAAUGUGCUCAGUGAAGCAUUCUUAACAAGUCACAAUUGAGUACACUGUGCUGCUGACCCCUCAUAACAGCUAAACAGCUUAGGUCAUAUACCUCUCGAUAUAUCGACUAUCUUCUAAGGUUGUCUUCAAACUUCGUUUUUGUGUUGGCUGGGUCUGGGAUCCUAGAUUUUAAAGGUCUUACGUACAACAGAGCUGUCAAAAUGUAAAUAUCUGUGAUAUCCUCGAUGAUAAUCCUGAUAUGAUCUGGUACACCUAACGACAAACUGUGAGUCUCUUCUUUGUCGCGAUACUAUAUUUAGAUCUUCUUACAUAUUGCGAUGCUACUUUUCGUUUCUGGACAUUCCUCGUAUAUCUGUAAGGGUUUUGUAGUGUUAGAAUUCGGAGUUGAAGAUAUUAGGAACACCCUAGUUUACUAAAAUCGAACCUCGACAAGUUCAUUAACCGUAUUAAAGCCCUAAGUCCUUUGUAAACUUAUCACUUUAAAAUUAGAUGAAGCUCUCUGCAAGAGCUACUUUCCAGUUGCUUAUGUGCAAGAUCAUUCUUGACAUCAGUAAGGUACACUUUUACUGACCAAAUGACUAACAUACAAACCAAGUAGUUUCGAUAAAUUGGGAGCAACAUGUGUAUACAUUGCAAACGUUAAGUAGCCAGAAUUUACUUGUUAGCUGAUAACUAAUGAUUCCGGAAACAUUACCCAACAUAAGUACGAAGGCCUUAAAUGCAUCUUUCAUCUGUAUGAUGAUGAUUUAUUUGCAGAUUAUUGACCACGUUACCUCAAUCCCAGUACAAUACAUACUAUUGAUACUACUACUUAUUCUACGGCUGUGUGCCAGUACAGGGGAAAUGUGCUGAGUUGAAAAGAUAAUUACAGUGAGAAUUAGGGCCUGGAGUGAAAUUUCUCGAGAAAAUUAUACUAGAAUUUGCACCAGUGCAUUAUUAUUAUUCAUAAACACCUUAUAGGUACACAAGUGUUGUGACGAAACCAUUUCGGGUUUCUUCGGAAAUGCAAUAAUACACAAGUUUCAAUAAUGUUAGCAUAUUUG